AUGUCCUCCCUACUCACCUACUUAUACUACUUCCUCGCCGGCUAUCUCGGGCUGACCGUCUUCUUCUACAUGCUGUCCCUCGUCUCUACCAAGGCCGGCUUCGUCGCCCGGCUGCUGGCCGCCUACAUUUCCAUGAUAAUAACCGCCCUCGCCGGCGUCUUCAUCUCCAUCGCCUUCCGCCUCUUCGGCGACGCCUCAAACUCGCAGUGGGCCACCGGCCGCGUCUUCGAGUACAUCAUGGCGCUGACCACGGGCGUGCGCUUCAAGAUCGUCGACCCCAAGGGCCACCUCGAGCGCACGCGCCCGGCCGUCUUCGUCGGCAACCACCAGACGGAGCUCGACGUACUGAUGCUGGGCAUCAUAUUCCCGAAGCACACGAGCGUCACCGCCAAGUCCUCCCUCAAGCGCAUGCCCUUCCUCGGCUGGUUCAUGACGCUCAGCAACUCCAUCUUCAUCGACCGCAAGAACAGCAAGGACGCCCGCGAGGCCAUGCGCGGCGCCGCCGACCAGAUCCGCGCCCAGCGCCAGAACGUCUGGAUGUUCCCCGAGGGCACCCGCAGCUACGCAAAGGACCCCAUGCUGCUGCCCUUCAAGAAGGGCGCCUUCCACCUCGCCGUCCAGGCGCAGGUCCCCAUCGUGCCCGUCGUCGUCGCAAACUACAGCCACGUCUUGUGGGUGAAGGGCUUGGUCUUCAAGUCGGGUUCCAUACCCAUGAAAGUGCUCGACCCCAUUCCCACCACGGGUCUUACCCCUGCGGACGUCGACGAGCUCACUAGGACGACACGCGAACGGAUGCUGAAGGAGCUCAUCAACCUGACGGCUGAGGUCAGGGGGCAGCCGAUACCCAUCUCCGCCGAAACGGUGAAGGCCACAGGUGUGGAGAUAAGGAAUUGA